AUGGUAAUUCCAUAUUUGCCCGUACGGCGGCAUAUCGAACGUUCUUCACAUAAAAUUAAAGGGAAUAUCAUCCGUAAAGGUAAAUUCACCAACACGAAUAAAAUAUUAUUCGGUGCACCUCCUGAAGCCCCUGUCUUCGAGCCAACAGCCGAGGAGUUCCUCGAUCCGCUGGGUUACAUCGCCAAGAUUCGUCCUAUUGCUGAAAAAGCCGGGAUAUGCAAAAUAAAACCACCGCCUAAUUGGCAACCUCCAUUUGCCGUGGACGUCGACAAAUUUAAAUUUGUACCGAGGAUACAGAGGCUAAAUGAGCUGGAGGCUAAAACAAGGAUAAAACUCAAUUUUUUAGAUCAAAUUGCUAAAUUUUGGGAGCUCCAGGGUUCCUCAUUAAAAAUUCCACUUGUUGAAAAGAAAGCGUUGGAUCUUUAUUCGUUACACAAAAUAGUCAGCGAAGAAGGUGGAAUUGAAACGGUGAGACGAGAACGAAGAUGGGCGAAAAUAGCGAACAAAUUAGGAUAUCCCUCGGGGAAAAGUGUCGGAAGUAUUUUAAAAAAUCACUAUGAGAGAAUUUUAUAUCCCUUUGACGUUUUUAAGCAAGGAAAAACUCUCGGUGAUAUUAAAAUCGAAGCUCCGGAAAUAGAAGCAAGUGAGAAGAAAGAUCGUGAUUACAAGCCACAUGGUAUUAUAUCACGUCAACAAAUAAAACCACCAGCAGCUAAAUUUUCUCGUCGAUCCAAACGUUUUACGGGACAAGAUGAGAAGCAAGAUGUUGCUACAAUUAAGCAGGAAGACUGUAAAGAAGAAUGCGACUCGGACAAUGAAUGUAAGGAAGAAAUUAAGAUGGAAGACGAUAAAGACAGUAAGGAACUCAAGAAACUCCAGUUUUACGGAGCUGGACCUAAAAUGGCAGGCUACAAUACCAAAGAGACUAAAAAAUCAAACAAAACACGCGGAAUAAAGUAUACGUAUGAUUACGAUCCACUUGCCAAGUACAUUUGUCAUAAUUGCGGACGAGGAGACAUGGAAGAGAGCAUGCUGUUGUGUGAUGGUUGUGACGAUAGUUAUCACACGUUCUGUCUUCUUCCACCACUCACAGAAAUUCCCAAAGGCGACUGGAGGUGUCCUAAAUGUGUAGCCGAAGAAGUUUCCAAGCCCAUGGAAGCCUUCGGGUUUGAACAGGCCCAGCGGGAGUACACUCUCCAACAGUUUGGCGAGAUGGCUGAUCAGUUUAAAAGUGACUACUUCAACAUGCCCGUUCACAUGGUACCCACCUCACUUGUCGAAAAGGAAUUCUGGAGAAUAGUGUCUUCCAUUGACGAAGACGUCACUGUCGAGUACGGAGCUGAUCUUCACACUAUGGAUCACGGCUCUGGAUUCCCCACAAAAACCAGCGUUAAUUUAUUCACCUGCGAUCAAGAGUACGCCGAGUCUGCGUGGAAUUUAAAUAAUCUUCCAGUUCUCCAUGGCAGUGUUUUGGGUCACAUUAAUGCCGAUAUAAGUGGUAUGAAAGUCCCGUGGAUGUAUGUCGGUAUGUGCUUUGCUACAUUCUGCUGGCACAACGAGGACCAUUGGAGCUAUUCGAUCAAUUACCUGCAUUGGGGAGAGCCAAAGACUUGGUAUGGCGUUCCUGGGUCAGAGGCCGAAAAGUUUGAGCACUCCAUGAAGUCUGCUGCUCCAGAGCUGUUUCACAGUCAGCCUGACUUACUCCACCAGCUGGUUACUAUUAUGAACCCGACUAUUUUAACCAAUGAAGGUGUCCCAGUAUUCCGAACGGAUCAACAUGCCGGUGAAUUUGUUGUUACGUUCCCGCGAGCUUAUCACGCAGGCUUCAAUCAAGGCUAUAAUUUUGCCGAAGCUGUCAAUUUUGCUCCUGCCGAUUGGCUGAAAAUUGGGCGAGAGUGUAUUACUCAUUACUCAAAUUUACGAAGAUUUUGCGUAUUUUCACACGAUGAGUUAGUUUGCAAAAUGUCUUUGGAUCCAGACUCCUUGGACAUUGGAGUUGCGACCGCUACUUAUCAAGAUAUGUUGACGAUGGUCGACGACGAGAAGAAGCUAAGAAAAAAUUUGCUUGAAUGGGGUGUUACAGAAGCUGAACGUGAGGCAUUUGAAUUAUUACCAGACGAUGAACGUCAGUGUGAAGCGUGCAAGACGACAUGUUUUCUCAGCGCAGUGACUUGUUCGUGUCAAACUAACCAGCUGGUUUGUCUGAGGCACUUCCGUAAUCUUUGCGAUUGUUUACCGGAGAAACAUACCCUUAGAUAUCGUUACACGCUUGAUGAAUUGCCAAUAAUGCUCCAAAAGUUAAAACUUAAAGCCGAGUCUUUUGACUCGUGGGUGAUCAAAGUGAAGGAAGCGAUGGACCCCAAGGGGGAGAAGAUUGAGUUGAGUGAAUUCAAGGAUUUACUGAGUGAAGCUGAAAACAAAAAGUUUCCUGACAGUGAGCUGUUGACAGCUUUGACCACCGCUGUUCAGGAUGCCGAAAAGUGUGCCAGUGUCGCUCAACAGUUGUUAAACAACAAACAACGGACACGAACUCGACAGACUGUUGAUACCAAGUACAAAUUAACAAUCGAAGAGUUGACACUUUUUUACAAAGAAAUAACUAAUUUAUGCUGUGAAUUAAAAGAGUCAGACGGUGUUAAAUAUAUAUUGGAUCAAGUUCUCCAGUUUCAGAAAGACGCCGAGGAGUUUGAAGCACAGAGUGAUGACUGUGAUUUAGAUAAACUUGAAAAGUGUAUUGAUUUUGGUGAUUCUAUUUGCAUAGAACUACCACAGCUUGUCAGAUUGAAGCAAAAGUUACAUCAGAUACAGUGGCUGGAUGAAGUUAAAACUAUGUUGGAUGAAUCAAAAUCUAUUACAAGAGAAGAACUCGUUAAAUUGAUCGAUCAAGGUAGAACGAUUUCACCCCAUAUAACCGUUGAAAAUAUGCUGUCAAAAUUGCAACAGCUUGUAGUCAAUAUUGACAAGUGGGAGGAGAAAGCCAAAGGAUAUCUACAAGCCAAGAAUGGUCAGAAUAUCAGUGUUAUCGAGGAAUUCAUUCAGGAAGCCGAUGAAAUCGAUGCCUAUUUACCUAGUCUUGAUAAUCUGCAGGAUAUAUUGAACAAAGCCAAAAACUGGACCAAGACUGUCGAAGAAAUUCAGGCACGUCGUGAAAUUUUUCCGUAUUAUGAUACUCUGGAUGAACUUGUACGUAAAGGAAAAAAUAUUCCUCUGCAUUUAGAACAACUUUCAGUCCUUGAGUCAACAUUAUCACAGGCGAAGGCCUGGAAAGAGCGAACAGCCAGAACAUUUUUACGUAAAAACUCGCAUUAUACUCUGAUGGAAGCUCUAUCUCCGCGAAUUGGUGUCGGUGUUCAGGCAAUGAAGACCAAAAAGAACAAGGGAGACGAGAGUGCUGGUGCUCUCUAUGUCUGUGACACUAAACUCGAUGACUCCAGUGACUCCGCGAACGUUGUUGCUGCUUUUAAGCUCGCAGAACAGCGUGAAAUGGACGCAAUGAGGAGUUUAAGGGAAAGAAAUAUGCAGAAAGGAAACACCGACGACUCCAGGUUUUGUGUCUGUCGUAGGUCACGCUUUGGCUUAAUGCUUCAGUGUGAGCUGUGUAAAGAUUGGUUCCAUUCGAAUUGUGUCCCUCUUCCAAAGACAAUACACAAGGGUAAAGUACAAUCCUCACGGGAGAUUAAAUUUUUAUGUCCGUGUUGUUUGAGAUCGCGUCGGCCACGUCUAGAAUCGAUUCUGGCACUGCUGGUGGGUCUACAAAAAAUUCCCAUUAGACUACCAGAGGGUGAAGCACUCACUUGUCUUACUGAGCGCGCAAUGAACUGGCAGGAUCGUGCCCGGCGUGCUCUAGCCACUGAAGAAAUAUCCUCGGUACUCACAAAACUGUCGGCAUUGUCACAGAAACUCGUUGAAGCUGCAGCACGUGAGAAAACCGAGAAAAUAAUAACUAGCGAGCUCAAGAAGGCGGCUAAUAAUCCAGAAUUACAUCAACGAGUACAGGCUAUUGCGCCACUGAGUGGUGUACAUUCUGAUGACAGUGUACUCAGCGCUGCUGAUGAUGACGAUGAUGUUGUUACUCUUGAUGGUGAUGAACCUUCAUGCAGUACUUUCAACAGUAAUGAACAUGCAUAUUCGUUUAUAUCUAAAUUACACCGUAAAUUACAAUCGCAAGGAGGCGAGAGUCCAGUAACCUUGUCGAUAAGCGCCCGAACAAGACUUGAAGACUUAAUGAUGGAAGGUGAUCUACUUGAAGUGGCUCUUGAUGAGACUCAAGACAUCUGGCGAAUUCUCAGCCAUACAAAUAGCCCCACAACAGUACGCAAGUAUGCGACAUUCGAAGAAGUCCAGGCAAGUUUCAAUUCUGAUAUGAAAGACGCUAAAAAACGUGGAAGAAAAAGAAAGUCUGACGAGUUUGAUAUGGGUAAAACAAUUAGUCGGCAGAAAAUAGUUGACGAAAAGUCUCCAGCUAAUACUCCGAACGCUAUUAUCAAGAAGAAAGGUGCUAAUACACCGACUGGAGGAAGUGGAGCUGGAGCUGGAGCUGGAGCUGCAGCUGCAGCUACUGGGUUAAAUAACAAAGAUAAGAAAAUAAUGCCACAAAGUCCGCUGAAACGUGGACCUCGUAAGAUCAAACGAAAGGAAGGCGAAGAUGUGCCCAAAAAAAAAGGAGGAAACAGGAAAAAAACAAAGCAAGAUACCUCUGACGAAGAAGACGAUUGCGCAGCCGACAGUUGUCUCCGACCAAAUGGACGUGAAGUCGACUGGGUACAAUGUGAUGGUGGAUGUAACGGGUGGUUCCAUAUGCACUGUGUUGGUCUCGACAAAACCGAGCUCGCCGAGGAAGACGACUACAUUUGCAGUAAUUGCAAAGACGCGGAUCAAAACACAACGAUAUAUUGUUACAAUGCUCUGGAUGCACUUGUAUAUCUUUAUCAGUCCCAGGGUUACCUCAGCGGGGACAACGAGCCGGACAUUGAAGAGCCCACGUCCUUCGCCAGAACCUAUUAA